AUGUGUAUUGGCAAAAAUGGGCACACAAAAAGCUUUGUCGUGACCCAUUUUGUAGUCCGAUAUCCUAACCAGCUAACUUAGCGGGGAAUUAUUGGCUAUUGAUUAUCAAUUUUUGUCUGCUGCACUGAAGUUAUAUGUUUAAUGCUUGUCAUAAUUUGUGGAUUAAAUUCGCUUAGUUAUAUUGUUCCAGGUCAUGUAAAAGCUGUGAAUCUUUAAAUCCCGUUUGGAUGGUAGUCUGUUGUUUAACUUAAACCUGUGUGUUUCUUUUUGCACGUUCAUAAAUUUUGAUUUACGGUACCGAUGAUGAUAUUGGUGCGUUGUAUUACAUUAAACUAUAGGACCUUAUUAUAUGCCGGAUAGGUUAUUGUGUCCUUGAAACCGGACUUUGUCUUACGACCCCGUAACUACCGUCUUGCAAGGUGCUCUAACCUAAACACUGACAUUUUAAAAAGCAGCUGCUGGUUUUGAUGGGUUUUUUUGCCCAGCAUCUCCUACGGCAGCUACUUCGUGUACUUUUUCGUUCACACGCGGUUUUGCUUUUUGCCACUUAACACAAUUUUGAAUAUAUGACGUUUUCCCUCCAUCCCGCUGUCAGCCGGUAUUGUCAUUAAAGGAGCAGCAUGACCAUCGUGCACAGCCGCGCUUCAGUCCCAUCUCCAUGGGUUACUUUUUAUUUUGUGAAACGCCGAUUAAGAUUAUAAUUUGGGCAACGCGCGUCAAAUGUGUGUUUUAAUUAUAAUCCCAAGCGGGUGUUCUGUUACUUUACUAAUGGAAAUUAUAGUGAGAACCACGGUCAUGGGUUGUUAAAACUAGCCAGCUAACUUAGUGAGAUGAUAAUAAGCGGAAUAUAGUGCGACCCACCAGCGGAAACGCACCAUUUUCAAACGACCUUGUCUAACAGAAAAAAGCCGAAGUCAACCGCGUAGAUAGAUGAGAAUGCCAAGUAAUAAGUUUCAGAAGGGGGAGAUGGUGAUGGGCCGCUGGCCAGGCAGCAGCCUUUACUAUGAGGUGAAGGUGUUGAGCUAUGAUACUGAUACACAGCUCUACACAGUUAUAUACAAGGAUGGCACAGAACUGGAACUAAAGGACGCUGACAUGAAGCGAGCUACUGGGUUUCGCCGCUCUCGCUCCCGUUCUCGUUCCCCGUCUCGGCGCCGCAGCCGCUCACGGUCCCCAGCCCGCAUCACCCGUCGCUCCACAUCCCAGACCAAGGAGGCACCCAAGGAGCCCAGGAUAAAGGAUGUACUGGAGGUCAGAGUUUCACCUUUGGCCAAGCCACUGGAGAACAACAGCAACAACAAACACGAUAAGGAGGUCAAUGACACUUCCAGCAGAGUCAGCGAGAAGGCAGAGGUUGUUCUAGAAAAGAACCGAGUGGGGACUCGUUACAACCUCCGUCCAAGGAAGGAAGAUCCCAUGGAUCAGCUGAUUGAGGAUUUGCAGAAAAUAGUGGAUGAGCCUCUUGUCGAGCCAGAGAAGCAGACGGUGGGAAAGACAACAGAGCUAGAGUUCGGUGGAAAGCUUGGGGCGGCCUUCAUGAUUCUCUUCCUCCCGGCUGUGACCUUUGCCCUUCUGCUGAUGUGCCAGCAGAAGGAUCCCAGCCUGGUUUACUUCCCCCCCGUGCUGCCAGAGCUGGACACCCUGUGGGAUGCUCAGGUGUUUGGCAUUGUGGUGCUCUGGUUCCUCUUUCAGGCACUUCUUUACAUGCUGCCGGUUGGAAAGAUUGUAGAGGGAUUGCCUCUGGCAACUGGGAAAAGGUUAAAAUACAGGAUUAAUGGCUUUUAUGCAGUUAUCCUUAGUGCAGCUGCCCUGGGAGUGGCUUAUUACCAGGACGUGGAUCUCAGCUACAUCCACGACCACCUCAUACAGUUCGCUGUCUCCUCCAUGAUCUUCUCCUCUGUGCUCAGCGUGUACCUUUAUGUACGCUCCUGCUGGGCUCGUGAGGGUGAACUCGCCCCUGGAGGAAAUUCCGGUAACGUGAUUUAUGAUUUCUACAUCGGACAUGAGCUUAAUCCGAGGAUUAAGAGCUUCGACCUCAAGUACUUCUGUGAAUUGCGACCAGGUUUAAUAGGUUGGAUUGUGAUCAACUUUUCCAUGUUGCUUGCUGAAAUGAAGUUUCAGAAACUUGACACCCCAUCACCGGCCAUGAUGUUGGUGAAUGGCUUUCAACUUUUGUAUGUCGCGGAUGCCCUCUGGCACGAGGAAGCCAUUCUGACCACCAUGGACAUUGUUCAUGAUGGGUUUGGGUUCAUGCUAGCAUUUGGAGACUUGGUUUGGGUGCCGUUCACCUACAGCCUGCAAGCAUUUUACCUGGUGAAGCACCCAAACGCUCUCUCAUGGCCAUGGGUCGCGGUCAUCGUCGCCAUCAAGCUAAUGGGAUAUAGUGUGUUUCGCAAAGCAAACUCAGAGAAGAAUGCUUUCAGAAGGAACCCCAGUGAUCCCAAGCUUUCUCACGCGCGAACGAUACCCACUGCGACAGGAAAGAGUCUCCUUGUGUCGGGCUUGUGGGGCUUGGUCCGUCACCCAAACUACCUUGGUGACAUCAUCAUGGCUUUGGCAUGGUCGCUCCCCUGCGGAUUCACCCACAUUUUACCCUACUUCUACGUGAUUUACUUCAUCUGUUUGCUGAUUCAUCGUGAGACACGGGACGAAAAGCAGUGCAGGAAAAAGUAUGGGUCAGCAUGGGACGAAUAUUGCCGACAAGUUCGGUACCGCAUCAUUCCUGGUGUAUAUUGAGGCUAGGGGUACCCCAGCAUGCACUAUCAUUUGCGGCUUAACUUUUCAUUUGAAAUUUUACGCAAGACCCUAGGAAAAAAAAUUCUAAUUGUUUUUAAUUUAAUGAGGAAAAAUGGGAAGAGUUGAAUAGGACUAUUUUUAGCGUGAAUUUUAAGCGAAGUCUGAUGUUGGGAGGAGAGAAAAAAAAAUUUAUUGGUAUAGUUUGGAUUUUUUGCCUUUUGCACAAAAGUUUACAAAUUUUGUGGGGCACCCACAACACCAGCAAAUCCACAUGAUGUAUAUUUAUGUACAAAUGUUUGAGAAGUUUAGCAACAUUACAUAAGUCUUUUUUUCUAAAUUCCAAAAAGUGUUUUUUUUUUUUGCUUGGCUUUAAGUGUUCUUGUAAAUAUACCUAAUGGUAUAUUGCUUGUGUAAAUUAUAUUUUACGAGAGAAAUGCUUUUUUUGUACAGAAUAGUAGGAAUUCUCAGGACCAUUAAUUUGUGAAGGAAAACGAAGGUUUGUCUUGUGUAUAUUUUUAUAGAGAUGUAAUUUUAAAAGGACAUGAAUAAUUUAAAUUAAUUGGCAUUAAGUGCACUGUGGAAUAACCCCCUACCCCUGUCCACACCAAUUUGGCUCUGCUGCCUCCAGUUUCCUGCAGUGUGUCCUCCACAGACACAAAGUCUUCAGGGUUUACUAAUAGACUGCCUGUUUCUGUCAUAUUUCACGUUUGCCAGGGAAGUUCACUGGCCAAUCCUUAAGUCAACUAAAGUCACUUUAAAUAUACUGGCAUUUUUUUUAUUUGGUUCUCUAAAAAUUUUCACACUUUUUAAAAUAACUUUGAUUUGUAAAGGUAGCAUUUAAAAUAAGAUGGAUACUGUUAUAAUACGCAAUGACGUAUACCCAAGUUUUUCUUUUAAACCCUUUGGUAUUUUCUUACUUGCCAAAAUGUAUUUAAUGCCACUUUAGGGGCAAAAUUUAGCAGUACUUAGAUGAUGGGAUGUCAUGUGACUGACUGUACCGUGCACGCCUUUCCAUCAUGUGACUUAUUCAUAAGUAGCUUUAGGCAAUCUUAUCCAUAACCGUAGGUAAUGUUGCAUGUAAUUUCAGUUUCUCUUUUUACGCCUGAAUUGUCACUGUAGCCUUUGGCACUUACAACUAGACCAGUCCAUGUACAAAACUGGAUCUUGUGUGUUCAGUGGAGAUUCUAUUUGUUUGUUGUUUAUAAGAUACUUGGAAUCAUUAAACUUACUUUUUUAAA